AUGUUCAACCUCUCCAGCCUUGUGCAGAAGGCUCAGUCAUUCAUUGACCCCAUUCAGUCUCUCAAUAUCUCCCCAUCCGACCGCAAUCCGGCAAAAUCCACCCUCUUCCGCCACCAGUUCAGACUGCCCGACUCGCAGUCCCCACUUCAAGAGAUAACUUCGGAACUCACGAUAUCUCCACCGAUAGCAUAUGCGCCGAAUGCUACUCAGGGCGAGAAGGAGAAAGAUAGAGAUAGAGGCUAUCACUAUGCUGGAAAGCUACACCUGAGCGAGUCUUACCUAUGCUUUUCGACACAGCCUACCAGUUUCCUCCAAACUGCAAGCACAAGUACAUCGUCUGGCUUUACGGGCCAAACUCACGGGGCCGGGCCAGGAGGUAAUGGAUUUACACUUCCUUUGUGUGCUAUCAGGCGUGUUGAGCGACUUCAUAGUCAGAACUACCAGUUCGCCCUAGCGAUUACAACGUGGAACGGACUUACCAAUACCUCUGCGACCGAAAACCCCAAAGCCCCAGUAUUGCAACAAAAAAUCAUCAUACAACUGGCAGGAACCCGACAGGCUUGUGAACGAUUUUGCGAUGGAUUGAAAAAAGGCCUCAAAAAUGCCGUGGGCGAAGUGGGAAAGCUAAAGAAAGUCGUAGCAGAAUGCUAUUCCGAAUAUCUCCUCCAGGGAGAGGCGAGAAAAGAAAGCACACCGCCAGAUGCUGGUCUUGGCAUGAUGUUUCGGUACCCAGGCGAUGCUAAGAAGUUACGAGAUAGGAGCAAGAUGAGGUUAUGGGGUGAAUAUCUGCGAGACUAUGGACGCAACGUUACGCUUAUUCGGCAACCAACCUUUCACAAGCUGAUCCGUGUCGGGCUACCAAAUCGACUUCGAGGUGAAAUUUGGGAGCAAUCAUCUGGAUCACUAUACUUGCGCCUAGAGAACCCCACGCUAUUCGCGGAUACGUUGGCCAAAUUCGAUGGCCGUGAGUCCCUUGCCAUUGACGAAAUCGAAAAGGACUUGAACCGGAGUCUGCCAGAAUAUCCUGGCUUCCAGAGCGAGGAAGGAAUUGGGCGUCUCAGACGAGUCCUAACCGCAUAUAGUUGGAUCAACGAAGAAGUUGGUUAUUGCCAAGCCAUGAACAUAGUAGUGGCGGCGCUUUUGAUAUAUAUGUCUGAAACCCAGGCAUUCUACUUGCUGUCUGUGCUCUGCGACAGGUUGCUUCCCGGAUACUACUCAACCACCAUGUACGGUACUUUGUUGGACCAACGCGUCUUUGAAUCGUUGGUGGAGAAGACGAUGCCAAUUCUGUGGGAUCACUUAGUCAAGUCCGAUGUUCAACUCUCUGUCGUUUCUCUGCCAUGGUUCCUGUCGCUGUAUAUUAACUCAAUGCCUCUGGUUUUCGCCUUCCGCGUUUUAGAUGUUUUCUUUUUAGAAGGUCCAAAGGUCCUAUUUCAAGUUGGAUUGGCCAUUUUACGCAUCAACGGAGAGGAGCUGCUCGAUGCUGCCGACGAUGGGGCAUUUAUUUCAGUUCUAAAGUCCUACUUUUCCAAACUGGACGAAUCAGCCCACCCAAAGUCUGAAAACAGCAAAUUGCGAGCUGUCACCCGUUUCCAGGAGCUUAUGGUCGUCGCAUUUAAAGAGUUCUCUGGAAUUACUCACAAUAGUAUCACCGAACAGCGCAUGAAGCAUAAGGAUAGUGUUUUGAACAGCAUAGAGAGUUUUGCAAAGCGCACCUCGAUACGAAACCUUGGGCCAGAUAGCAAAAGACUGACUGUUGAGGAGUUGGGUGCCUUGUACGAUCGAUUCUAUGGUGUUUUAUACGAGCGCCAGCAACGGAGUCAAAUGAUCUUGGAGGAGACUGAACGACGAGAUAAAGCCCGGAAAGCCCGGGCUGCAGAAGUUGUCACGGGCCUGGCUGAAAAUACGAUCAUUGAGAAAGGACGAGUCGGGAUGGGCCCAAGCCCUACACUCAUGGAUUAUGAUGCAUUCAGAGAGUUUCUCUCAGCCAUCGCAAGAUGGGCUGUUACUGACUCUCCAACCCCGCCCGAGAAAGAUAACGGUGCCGAUAAAGAAAGGCAUUCCUACUUUGGAAACAGUGUUCGGCGGAGGGAAACCUCGCUAUCUCCUUGGGGCUAUGGCAACCCUGAGCCGGCUGAUCAUGAAUUUAUGCGACGCCUUUUUCAGCGUUGGGACGUUGAUGUGAAUUCCGCUUUGACGCUCCAAAACGUUGUCACCGGCCUAGCACAGAUCAAAGGCAAGGGGGAUAUCAUGGGCAGUAUCACGUACUUUUUCGAGCUCUACGAUGACGAUGGUGAUGGGAAGGUCGACCGGGAGGGGAUUUUACGUAUUUCAGAAGCACUGCUUUUCUUGUCCCGUCGAGGCUUGGAUGGAACCCUAACACCAUCUGGUUCAAUGACCGGCUUGAGCGAAUAUGAAGCUGGUAACGGAGGCCAAGCUGAUGGUAUCCAAGGAAGCACCAAUGAGCGAUUUCUAAGCAGCGUCAGUGCCUUCAUCAGACGUUGCUUUGAAUACGCUGAUCCUGAUCGCCCACACAAUCAAGAAGAGACCAAUAAUUCGACGGAUUCGUUUGGUAUUGGCGGCGAUAGCGAUGAGGAGGAGGAAGAUCUCGUGGAUCUCGGACCAGAUGCAUCAUCUCCGAAAAAGGGCAAAAAGUCUACUGGCCUACAAAGUUCACCCGCCGCGUCGGACAUGCCCAAUAAGCCUGCUGGCCAACGUAGCGCAUCUAAAGCUCAAUCGGAAGCCGCAAAUGCUGCCCUCGACCCAGCAAAGCCUCUGCACAUCACUUUACCGACAUUCCGUAUGGUCGUUCUCGCAGACGAGCUCCUCGAACAGUUUUUCGAAUCUUCAUUUCCCGCUUCAUUCCGCAUCCUAGACAAACUCUCAACCGGCCCAGCAACCCCCACAUCCAGCCUCACCACAUUCUCCAACCUCGGUUUCGGCCGAGGGGCCGCUGCUCAGAAAGGCGUGGGCGGUACGGGAUCCGCAGGCAUCGUACCACCCACCAAAGGGCUCCGCGGCGUUUUGGACAAUAUUGUUACGGAUGGCAUGCGCGUGGCAGCGGAAGUUAAGCGACGCAUGGAUGACGCUCAAAUCGAGAUGGAGAAGAAUGCCGUGGGCGGCCGGCCAGCGGCAGAUGAGGAGGACGACGACGACGAAGGUUUUGAUCCACGACCUGCUACUGGAGCCAGAGCCGUCAGUUCCGAGGAUAGAGAUCUGUUGGAGGGUGCGGAUGCUGAAGCUAUCAAGGGGCAGGAAAACGACAGGAAUUUGAGUCCAGAUACUGCUGCAACUGCUACUGGUGGCCGGUCGAGGAGUAUCAGUGGUGCCUCGCAUAAGGUUGUUGAGUUUGAGCAGUGA